AUGCGAACUUUAAGAUCUUUGAUACUUUUAGCGGUAGUCGUGAUAAUUAUUGCCAAUACUUCAUUUGCUCAAAAUGCUACGAAUUAUUUAGUCUCAUCAUUGCCUGGUAUUCCUCAAAAUGUUAAUUAUUCAACUUAUGCUGGCUACAUAAAUACGUUAUACGGACCAACACAAGCAAACUCCUCCAUCUUCUUUUGGCUCAUAAGAAGUCAAUUUACUGCUGAUAGACAAAGGCUUGAGUCAAGUGAAUUUUUAAAAUUCCUUGAUGCGUUUAUUACUAUCUUUCCAGAAUUUUCCCAAGAAGAAAUAUAUAUAGCAGGCGAACAUUACGCAGGAACACUUAUAAGCUAUAUAGCCACUGCUAUAUUAGGACGCAAUAAUCAAACAAGUACUCCAACUAAUUUGAAGUAUAAUCUACAAGGCAUUGCCAUUGGAAACGGAUGGAUUGAUCCUCGUACACAGUACAAGGCUCAAUACACAUAUGCUCUUAGCAAUCAUCUUAUAGGUGAUAUUUACAAGCUGCUUAUUGAUAAACAAUUAGAAUUAUGUUUGCAAACUUUAAGAAACACUACAACAGUUCGUGUUAAACCUUGUGACCAGACGUUUGGACUCAUUGUUAACGGCACUCAAAUUGGUACCGGAAACAACGCAACUUGUAUAAAUAAGUACGACAUUAGAGAUCAUUCCAGUAUAUUUCCUGCAUGCGGAGAUGAUUGGCCUUAUAGUCUUCCUACCCUUCAAGCAUAUUUAAAUCGACGAGAUGUAAUCACAGCAAUUCAUGCUACUGGCGCAAACAUAACCUGGGUUGGAUGUAAUACGGCUGUAUCCAACCUUCUUUUGGGUGAUGAUCGAUCUGGGCCUGCAUUUGAUGAGAAUGACAUGGAAUGGCGCAAUAGGUUUCCAGGUACUCUUCUUAUUCUUCAAAAACAUAAGAACUUAACCACUACUCCAUGGACUGUAAAUAAUGUUUUAUUGGGUCGAAUGAUAUCAGAAAGAAACCUUACAUAUGUUGUUGUAUAUAACUCAAGUCGUAUGGUUCCUGCUAAUCAACCAAGGAUUAGGGAUAUCAUGUAUAGGUUUAUGGGAUUAGAUCAAAGAUUUGUGCCAA